CGUGAGCACAAAGUGUGUGUUUGGAUUUGGCUUCCGCCCGGUUAGUCAUGUUCAUCUCACAAUCCGGGGCAUUCAGAGUUGCCGAGUUGUGAUAUAGAGGAGUGAGAAGGUAUCCCAGAAUCUAGAGGUGAAGCAGCUAUGGCCAUGUCUUCCGCGGUCUUCACACCGUUGCCGAUUUCGUCCUCAUUGCGGUGCUCUGCUGCUGAGUCCAGCAGCAAUGGCGCCAGCCCCAGCAAUGUUGAGUCCUUGAAGCUGCCGCAGCUGGCCGUGUCUAGGUCACAGCCACUUUCCGUGAACCAUGGGGAAGCGUCGGUUAUGUCCGUGCUGCACCCCGGUCUGGAGCAUGUCAAUGUCAUGUACUUCAAGGGCACUUACAACACUCAGGUUUUUGUCGGAGAGGACGAGCCAGCAGAUUCAGUCGUGAGGAGGUUCAGGAAAGCUGUCAUGGCUGCCGGAGUGAUCCCCGAAUGCAGGCGCAGGAGGUACCACGAGACUCCCCAGGAUAUUGUGAAGCGCAAGCAGAAAGAGUCCCACCGCCGAAAAGCAAGUGGCCGAAGGUUCAAUGGUCCCCGACCUGAGGGAGGAUAUGGGGAGAAGAAAGAAGCUGCUGCCUCAAAUGACGAUGAUGAUUUCUGGGGUUAUGCCGAAGAGGGAGCAGAUGUGGGUUUGUAGGAACUUGUAUUCACUGCAGGUCACUGUGAGCAAUUUUAGCGAGCUUUGGGGCAAGUUUCCCUUGCUCGUAUCCAACGAACGACAUCUCACCAAAUUCUGCCUGACUUUGUUGUUGGUCGACAUGUAUGAAAAGUUGAGAUGCGUAUUUUUAGUUUAGGACAUCUUUGCAAAAGCGUAGUGUGCCCAAACGGUUCCUCAGGUGUUAUCAAUGAAUGUUGCAUGUACAGGUUUGAUUAUGUGAGUUAACACAUAUUACUCGUA